AUGAGUGAACGGAACCCGCUGCCAGAGGUUCCCCAGCACGUAGCUGCGCAACUGUCUCACCUCACAUCACGGCCCGGGGUACAAUCGACAUUGAUACUUUCGCGCAAGGAUGGCUCGAUAAUACAGACAACAGGCCUUCUAGCGGCGCCGAGCACAACAAAUGGAACGUCACCGACUUCGGCAUCAUCAGAAGAGACGGCAACACCUUCGUCAAUAACGGACCAAGAUGGUGAACUCUCGGAGGCAGCCAGCAGCCCUAUAGUUGUUCAACCUACAAGGGAUGCAGUACCGUAUAAGCCUAGCCCAGCAGAGACGCUCGCUGUACACAUACACGCAUUCGUUUCGUCUGCAUCAUCCCUGAGCACCGCUCUAUCCUCACCAGCAGAUAAUGAAGACGACCAUGAAGCAGAAAACGAGAAGAAAAGCUCUAAUAAAGAUAGUGAGCCAGCUGGCGGUAAUCCAUUUGAAGACCAGACACCGCCGGAACGCGAGGAAGAUGACGAAUUAAAGCUUUUGCGGCUAAGGACAAAGAUACACGAAAUAAUCAUAAUACCAGAUCGCAAGUAUCUCCUAUGUGUCGUCCACGAUGUCUCUGCUACAGCUGGAGGGGCUGGUCCUCGAGGUUUGGCACAUGUAAGGCAAUGA